UAACAAAGUUGGAAUAAAGGAAGGAGCAUAUGGUUGGUUACAGAUGGCAAGGUUCGUCUCCCACUCCAAGACUCUACUCCGUCACGGCAACGCUUCCCAAACGGCGAAGGGCGUUAAAGUGAGCCAUCGUCACCGAUCUUCGGAAGCGAAAUGGGUGGAGAUUGACGACGUCAAGUUGUUGGAGGAGCACCACCACCGUAUUACCGUGAAGAAGGCCACCCCCGAUUGGCUUCCCUUCCUCCCUGGCUCCUCCUUCUGGGUUCCACCUCCUCCCUCUCCCUUCCUUCACAAAUUCUCCAUCUCCUCUUCUCAACUCUUCUUCAUUCAAUCUUCAGAGUCAAACAACCAAUUCGGCAAUUCCAAUGCCACCCCUCGAGGCAUGCGUGUUACUGUGCAACUCAAUCUUCUCACACUUCCGGAAAACCUAGACGACGAAGGAUGAUGGUAAUAACGCAUCUCUCUCUCUCUCUCUCUUCUUUCCAUCUGAAUUUCUGCGACCUAAGCUUAUGCGAACUUAAUUCGUGUAUAAUUGAAGAUUCAGAAGCUUCUAUUCAAGACCAUGCAUCAAGUUGGGAAUUCUUACACAGGUGCAGUGCUGGCCAUUUUGUGAAAUUAACUCUUCUUCCAAUUUUCGGUCUCAGUGUUAUAUGUAUAUUAAAUAACCAAUAUAUGUCGAAUAUUUUCAAUGUUGUAAUUGUUGAACAUUUUAUUUAUACUGGAUCAAGUAUCUGCUAUCUAGUCAAUACUCAUGUAACUAAUAAAGCAAAACCUUAUU